AUGAAGUGGGCGACUUUCGCAGCAGCUCUGCUGCCUCUGGCCUCGGCCUUUUCCAGCGGACAAUACCGAUCUGGUGAAAUCAUGUCGAAGAUGAUGGAGUCCAAGGAGGCUGCAUGGGCGAAGCACCGCGCUGCUGGUGAUUACGACAACAAAAAGUGGAAUGGCUUCCAGAAGAAGCGUACCAACAAGGAUAUAAUUGAGUGCAAGAAUGGCAGGGCCGAAGCCAUCAAGGGCGAUCCAGAUCAAACCUACAAGUGCAAGGGCAUUGAUAUGUACGAUUUCAAGACGCACGAGGAACUUGGUGACGCCGUUGGCGAAGGUUCCGGCUCUUGGGGCUGGACUCACCAUGGCCGCGAGUUCAUUGCUAUCGGCCAGACGUACGGCGCUGCCUUUGCGGAGAUCACCUCCAAGGGUCAGCUCGAGUACCUUGGUCGUCUGCCAGCUCAAAACGAUUCCGUUAUCUGGCGUGAAAUCAAGAAGCAGGGGGACUACCUUAUUGUCGGAUCUGAGGGUCGGGGUCACGGUAUCCAGAUCUUCGACAUGAAGAAGCUCCUCAAACUCAGCCCGAAGAACCCCAAGAUCUUUGACACCAAAACGGACCUCACUGCUUGGAUUCCCCUCACACAGGACGUCACAGUUGGCAUCCCUGGACGUUCGCACAACGUUGUUGUCAAUGAAGAGUUGGGUUACGUCGUUGCUGUCGGCGCUCACGGACGUGCGGGCCGAAACGACACCUGCGGUGGUGGACUGAUCUUCUUCAACACCGACGACAUCACAAAGCCAGUCCAGACAGGUUGCGCGCCUCAGGACGGCUAUGUCCACGAUGCCCAGUGCAUCGUCUACCGCGGUCCCCACAAGAAGUACUACGGACGAGACAUCUGCUACGGCUACAACGAGGACACCGUCACAAUCUACGACGUCACAAACAAAAUUGGAAACAAGGCUGCUACGAUCCUCUCGCGCACCCCAUACGUCGGUGCCUCCUACACCCACCAAGGCUGGGUCACCGAUCCUUACUGGCAGACGCACAUCGUCGUAGACGACGAACUCGACGAGGGCGAACUUGAAAACGGCACAGAGACCAACCCCGCCUCCCUCGCCAAGGACGGCUACCCAGUCACAUACAUCUUCGACAUCACCAACCUCGAGAAGCCCUUCAUGUCCGGCUACUACAAGUCGUCCACCCGCGCCGUCGACCACAACCAGUACGUCCACGACGGUCUCUCCUACCAGUCAAACUACCAGGCCGGUCUCCGCAUCCUCGAUGUCAGCUCCAUCCGCAAGUUCCCCGAUGGCAGCCGCGUUGAGGAGAUUGCGUACUUUGACGUCUUCCCUGGCGACGAUGAUGUUCCUGGUGGCGGCUCGGCGGUCUGGGACUCGGGGACUUGGUCCCACUACACGUUUCCCAGCGGCUACACCGUUGUCAACACGAUUGAUCGGGGUGCGUUUGUUGUUAAGAAGAGGGGCGGCCGUGGGAAGGGCAAGUACUGGGGCCAGUCUGACUACUAG